AAAAGCAGUUUACGCACCUUUUUUUGCCUAACAGUUCACCCACCUCUUGCAGAAAAAAAUGCAUUGAAAGUAUAGGGAACGUUACAUUUACCACCUCGACCUGCAAUCAGAGUUUUACUCGGCACAUUCUUUUCCCAUUACUACAUCUCUGAUCAUAACCAUAGUAAACUGUACUGUGUAGGACUGUAGCUCUCCUAAACAGCCAACAGGCGGCGCCAGGGUAUGAGAGGCGAGUGUAAUACCCCGCCCUCCCUUCCCUUGCACACCACCUUUGAACUACCGCGGGAAACUCAUUGCUUGCACUGAAGGAUAAGCGCGGUCCGUGUAGGUUAUUUACAUUGCAUAAUGUCCAAAAAAAAAGGUCUCAGUCAUGAGGAGAAGAGGACACGCAUGAUGGAGAUUUUCUUCGAGACAAAAGAGGUGUUUCAGCUGAAGGACAUCGAGAAAAUCGCCCCCAAGACUAAAGGAAUAACACCCAUGUCAGUGAAGGAAGUUCUCCAGAGUCUGGUGGAUGACAACAUGGUGGACUGUGAGAGAGUGGGAACCUCCAACUACUACUGGGCCUUUCCCAGCAAGGCCCUGCACGCCCGCAAGCGCAGGUUGGAGGAGCUGGACAAGCAGCAUACCGAGGCGAAACAAAGGAAGAUGUCUCUGCAGCAGGCUGUCGACAAAGCAAAAGUAGGACGUGAAGAUACAGAGGAGCGGGCCUCUCUUCUAAAGGAGCUGCAGGCUCUGAGGGAGAAGAGGAGUCAUCUGAAGUCAAAGCUGGAGAAGUACAGGGAGUGUGACCCAGAAGUGAUCGAGGAGAUGAGAAAGUCCAAUGUCACAGCUAAAGAGGCAGUGUCCAGAUGGACAGAUAACGUCUUUGCCAUCAAGUCGUGGGCCAAGAGGAAGUUUGGUUUCGACGACGGACGCAUCGAUAAAGCCUUUGGGAUACCUGAAGAUUUUGAUUACAUGGACUGACUGCACAAUCUGCCAUUUUAAUUCAUUGUUUUUGUUAUAUGAGUGGCCUCCAUUGCACACAAUGCAAGUCAAACAUGUUACUUUAUGUUGAAAGGACACUAAGUCCACUCAGGCAAGCCCCCCAAAAAACAGCCUUAUGUUUUCCCUAGUUGACUCGGAGCAGCUGCAAUUUUGGCAUUCGCUCAAGGCCCUUGCAGGUGCAAAUGCUGCUUAUGUGGAACCUGAGAAGGCGCUGUGCUAACCUUUGGGCUGUUCCGUGGUGGUGGUGGUGGUGGGGGGGGGGGCUACUUUUGGGACACCUGUUUGCAUGAAAAUCGAGAGCCCAGAGUCGUUGACGGAAAUUAGCUGUGUCCAGCACUUCGACCCCCCCCCCCCCCACACACACACACACACACACACACACUCCACACACAGAAAAAGAGGCAGCACAUCAAACACCCAUGCGAUGUUACAAAUCUAAUCUUACCUGAUUUAAACAGAUGUAAAUGAAUACAGCCACUCAUGUUGUUUUUGCUCCCCCCCAUGUCCCUUAUCUCUCUUUUCAUAAUUUACUUUGACAAAAGAAGCAUGUGGCACCAGGACUGACUGAACUUGCCUUAUCUCAUGUUUAAAUCAAAAGAGGGAGAGGGUCGUUGUGGACAAAAGGUGCUUGGUGAUUGACAAUGCAGUGGUGUGGAGAGUGACGCAAGGAGCACCAAAACACAAAUGGAAGCGCCACUGAAAUAUCGUUGAGGAGGCUGGCUGUACAGUGGGAAUAUGUUUAGAAUUCACAACAUUUAGAAGCUCCAUAAAUUAACUCCCUGUAAAUGUGCUUUAUGGUCUUGUGGUUCUGCAGAGUCUAGACUGAGGUGUUCAGGUUUUGUUGUUGAAAACAUAAUGGAUGAUCCAUUUGAAUGGUAACAUUUCAAUAAAGUCUUAGUGUUAUGUUUUAUCUUACUUAACUGUUGUGUUUUCCACAGGCCUACAUGUACCUUAACUGAUUUCAUAUGCCUCGAAUUUCCAAGCAACAGGGUGAAUGCAUCACCUUUCAUUUUCUGUCUGAACUGGAAUGUGGCGAAAACCUCUCAAACAAAGGGCAGCAUUUUUCUGCUGUACACUGCGAUUUAUUCCAAUGUGGUAUGAGCAAAAAGGGUAUUGUUGCCGUGAACGGUCCAGAAUUACUUUUGUGCUUUUGCUGUCUGUAUUUGACAGAUUUUAUCAAACUGCACAAACAAUGGUUAUAAUUUAUGUGCUCAUGGAGUUGACUCUCCAGAUGCCAUUAUACUACUAGAGGUCAAAUGUCAACCCAUUUGUUCAAAAUGAAAAGUAUUCACACAGAUCCUACCCAUUUCUUCACUUUGCAGUGACAAUACAUCUACAGUUUGAAUGAUCAUUUACUGCUUUAUCCUUUCUUAUGCAUGUUUUUCAUGUAUUUCAAAAUGUUCAAUGUAUUCCUAAUUCCAUUUUCUCAUUACAGCAGAUUCAGCAUUAUUAUAUAUAGGGAAAGGGGGAUAUUUAGUCAGUUGUAAAACUGAAUGCAUUCUUCUGAAAACUGUCUUCCGCAUUUAACCAAACCCCUCUGAAUCAGAGGCGUGUAGGGGGUGACUUUAUUCGAAGUCCAUGUGCCUGGGGAACAGUUGUUGGGCGUUAACUGCCUUGCUCAGGGGCUGAACGAUAGAUAUUUACCUUGGCGGUUCUGAGAUUUGAUCCAGCAACCUUUUGGUUACUGGCCCAACACUUCUACCAGCCAGGCUACUGCCGCCCAGUAGGACGUGCUGCUACUACUACUGUGCAAAAAUAUAAUAUAUAAACGCAGAAUGUAAAGUGUUACUUUCUUGAACUGAAAUAAAAGAUCCCAGACAUGUUCCAUAUGUA